GCAGUCCAGCGUUAAACCUCAGUGGGGAAGCGUGAAUUACCCGAGCGUGACGUCCUCCUGCUCUGAAUACAAGCCCGCGCUCUUAUCUCUUAUCAGCUUAUAAAAAUGAUACAUCAAAUUACUUCACGAGCACUGCGAUAAAGAGCACCUUGUCCGCGAUAAACAAGCCGUUACGGAUAGAUUUCUUAAAUUAGUCAUUACAAAUCUGUUUCGAUUACAUGAUGACAAUUUUAUAAAUUUACAACAACAUUUGUUUAGUGAAAGAAGUUGUUAGACUUCAUGAACGAUCAAGAUGGAAAUGGUUGUGCUGCUGUGUAUGAUAUUAUUGUCAUAUGUGCAUGCAAACCCAUGUACCAAGCAAGAAAGUGUGAAUAUAACAGAGGGUGUUCUUUACGAGAAUAAGUCGAUCAUUCAUGAUGGGGUCGAGUAUGUCAGUGGUUCUUGGUACGAGGAGAAUAAUAAUGGUGUUAUGAAUCUUUUCGGCUGCCCGUGUAUUGGUCGUCUCUGCUUAUGGAAGUGCUGCGGCAAAGGCCAGAUGUAUGUCAAUAGAAGCUGCACUGAUGUUGAUAGAGAUGUGGUACAUCCAUUCAAUCCUCCAGUAUUUAAAGGAAGAGACCCAUCAAACCGGACAGCCGUUAAGAAUUUCUUCUUUAUGUAUCUGCCGUCAUGUCCAAAGUAUCUGGUAGAUUCUAAUAACGCCGGCGAAGAGAUUUUCCUUCAAGAAAAUGGGACAUUAUUAGAGAUAGCCUUCAAACUUCCGCAAUGGCAUGUUCCUUCGCGUUACUGUCUUGAUAUGUUCGAGGAUUCUGCUCCAGUGAGAUUAAUGGCUGGUGUCUGUUACCCAGAAGAAGAUGAUAGUAGUGACAGCCGACUUCUGUUCAUCGCAUACGGUGUUGGUUUAGUGCUGUCGGUACCGUUUCUGUUAGCUACGUUUCUGGUAUACGCCUUUAUACCAGACCUAAGGAACCUUCAUGGCAUGUGCUUAAUGGCUUACUGUGGAGGACUGAUCGUAGCCUACCCCUUCCUCGCCUACCUCAAGUUUCACACUGGAAAAAUUGGUGUAGAAAUGACGGGAUGCUAUACAAUCGCUUUCAUCGUUUACUUCGCUUUCCAAACCAGUUUUUUUUGGCUGAAUGUCAUGUGCUACGACAUUUGGAGGACUUUCAGGAUUGGAAGUCUGUCUUCCACUCUUCAUGCCGCAAGUGGCUAUCGCGGUGGGAGUACUAACAAACGCAGAGACCAGAGAAGAUUUCUCGCUUACGGAGCUUACGCGUGGGGUGUGCCAGCAGUAUUAACAGCUAUCACUAUCGGGAUGGAGUUCAGUAAAGAAAUACCAGAUAACAUCAUUACACCCGGCUUCGGCAGCCAACGAUGCUGGUUUGACGAUUGGCUGAGCGAGCUGGUGUACUUCUUUACACCGGUUUUCGUGUUAGUGGUGUGCAACGCGACAUUAUUUACCGUCACCGCCUACAGGAUAAGGUCAAUCAGGCAAGAGACAGCUAUUCUGAAAGGCUCUGAAUCAUCUCGCAGUGACAAAAUAAAGAUGGAUAAACAGAGGUAUGGGUUAUAUCUGAAGCUGUUCGUGGUUAUGGGCGUCAAUUGGACCGUGGAGGUGAUAAGCUUCGCUGUGGGCGGCUCUAACUGGUACUGGAUUGUGGUCGAUCUAUGUAACAUAGCGCUGGGCGUCUACAUAUUCUUUAUUUUCGUGUGGAAGAAAAAAGUUCGGAACUUGAUUCGCAAAAAAUUCCGUAGCAUUCGCGGCAUGCCAAUGCCGGAAGGUUCAGGCAAAUGGGUCACACGCUCAAGUUCGGCACCAACAGAGGACACACGCGUCACAGACGAAACAGCCAUACGACUAAAGGACAUGAACUAAUACAAAUUAAAGGAUUGAAAAGAUUAUUUGAGCUUGAAAAUUCAACUACUUAUAGGUAGCAUUAAAUGAAUACUGUCUUCUGCUAGUCAAUUUUAAAGAACAAAUUAGUAUUAAGAUAUUACUUUGUGUCGACGUACUUGUUGAAUGUGAAUAAUAAUUUAAAUUAAGGACUUUUUGUUUCGUCUAUAACGUCAAAUAAUAGAACUAAAGUUUUUAUAAAGUUGAUAAAUUUAUUUUCCGUUUUUUUUUUUUUAUAGUAAGAAAAAAAAUAAGGCGUACCUACAAAACUGUUCCUUCUUUAUACCACAAAAUUAUAAUACUCUGAAAAAAACUAAAACAUUAUAAGUGGCUAGUAUACAAAUAUUUAUACAAAUAAACAAUAAUUAGAUAUUAAA